CUCCCCUCCCCCUCAUGAUCUUGAGCUGUCAAAAUACUGUGAACACUCUUUCGUUGUUGGCGUGACCCCGUGACUCCCUUUUGUCAUUGUGCUUCCCCAGUCUAAAUUGGUCACUCGUUUUGCUUUGAUAUCCUAAGGGCCGGCUCCUGGUCACUAACUGGUUCAUUGCAGAGGACAGACACCAUCGCAUGACACACCGUUGCACCUAGGUUGUAUAUCCCGCGAAAGUCGGCCCACGAUGAUAGCAACAUGAGAUGGCCGGCAUUUGACUUUCCCGCAACUGUUUUAGUAGCCAGCCCAUGGUAUUGUUUGCGUCGGACACCCCUUGAUUUGGUUUGGCCGCAACAUCUUUUCAGUUUCUCGCGUUGGACGCCGUUGUCACGAUCCGAACCUGCGUAGACCUUCAACCCUAUAGAUUUCGACAGACCUUGCUUUUACAUAUGGUACAUGGUUUCAGAAUUACUGUUAUCCCGACCUCAUCCUCAAGACACCCCUCAAGCCAUCAGAUAUACCUACACCGAUACUCUCUCGCUUGCUACCCAAGUCAACAUGCUCGUCUCCUGGGCCGUGGUCGUCGCUGCGGCCACGGCAGCUGGCGCUGCCUCGCCUUGGCCGCCUCCCCCUUUGAAGCUCAAGAAUGCGAAUAGCGCCGGUGCGGGACGCUCUCUUCCAGACUUCAACGUGUUCCAGGAUAUGUUCAUGGCCCUGAGCGAUAUGCAGGAUGCCUAUUUCGAGCGCUGGGUUGGCACGUGGCCGAAGGGCAUCGACUGGACCCGCGCCGUCAUGAGCACCCAUGUUGCCGCCACGCUCCGCACCAUCUCCCACGAGCUAGAACGCCGCCAGCCUAACGAAGGAGCCGGGUGUGCUACCCGGAAACACGAGGUUAUUGCGGGCUACUUUGCCGAUGUCAUCGCCUACUACUUUGCCGAGGACGCCUUCGCCAUCCGCAACCAAGCCUAUGACGACAUGCUCUGGGUCGUCCUGGGCUGGCUCGAAUCCAUCCAGUUUGUUGAUGAGCACAACAGGGUUCUCUCCAGGAUGGCCGCCAGAGGGCUGGGAGACAGACCCCGGGCCGAGACGUGGUAUGGGAGUCGCUGGAUACCCGCUUUUGCUCAUCGCGCGAGGAUAUUUUGGGAGCUGGCCGCCAAAGGGUGGGACACGACACUCUGCGGAGGCGGCAUGCUCUGGAACCCGCGGCUCAUGCCGUACAAGAACGCCAUCACAAACGAACUGUUCAUGGCGGCGUCCAUCAGCAUGUACCUCCAUUUUCCAGGGGACCCCAAUACAUCCCCUUUCAGCAGCGAUUUUGCCGCGAAUCAAAGCCACUGGAACGCUGACUGGCGUCCCCACGACCCCGUUUUUGGCAAGGCUGCACAGGAAGCCCACCGCUGGCUCACCACAUCCAACAUGACCAACGCACAGGGCCUGUACGCCGACGGUUUCCACAUCUCGGGUCACGGCUCGGGGAGCAACAACACCCGGUGCGACGAACGCGACGAGAUGGUGUACACCUACAACCAGGGCGUCAUCCUGUCCGGGCUGCUCGGCCUCUCCCAAGCCACCGGCCGAGAGCACUACCUGCGCGAAGGCCACGCCCUCAUCAAAAACGUCAUCCGAGCGACGGGUUACGAUCUCGCCCGCAACGUCCCCGUCGACGACCUGCGCCCUGGGAAUGAAAGGCUCCCGCCCUGGCGCGGCCUGGGACGGGCCGGCAUUCUCGAGGAUGCGUGUGAUGUGUCUGGCACCUGCUCCCAGGACGCCCAGACCUUCAAGGGCAUCUGGAUGCACCACUUUGCCACCUUCUGCUCGCCCACCGCCCUGCAGCAGAUCCACCCCCAUACGAAACUCGAUGACACGGCCAAGGCAGCCAUCCGGGCGCGCCAUGCGAGUGCUUGCAGGCGGUAUAUACCCUGGCUGAGGCGCAAUGCUCGGGCCGCGAUGGGCACGAGGGAUGCGAGGGGGUUGUUUGGGAUGUGGUGGACUGCCGGGCUGCUGCAGUUUGCUAAUAGCGAGGAGUUGGAGUUUGGGGAGAAUGCGCUGCCGCCGUCUUCGGAAGGUGACGAUGUGGUUGAUUAUCGGAACUUAGGCGUGCCCCAGACUGCCGUGUGGGUGAGGAUGGUGGAUCUACCACCGUCGCUUGUCUCACCGCCUGGGGACGAGACGGGAUCGCGGCAAAAACCUAUGGGUGAUGGUCGGCUGGUGUCGGCGAAGGGGAACAGGAAUCGGUCGGCGACGGAUCAUGAUCAUUAUCAUGAUCGUGUCGGAAAGAGAGGGUUGGGAUUAGAGGAGGAUGAGGCGGGUGGUAUAAGUACUUGGGAUCCCAAUCUUCGCGGGCGAGGGAGGACGGUGGAGACGCAGGGCGGUGGGUUGGCUGUCCUCAGGGCGCUGUGGGUGGUUUCUAGACAUGAGUUAUGACGGCGUUGAGGAUGUUUCAUGGGAGAGUAUACGCAUGGCAUUAGAGAGACGGGGGCGGCACCUGGAUUGGUAUGGCUAUGAGGUUUAUAUUUGUUUCGGUAUCAGCAUCGGUAUACCCCAUUGUUAGGUUUGGAAAACUAACUGUAACCCUGAGUUCAACUUUCGACACAAGACACAUGUGGAAAACCGAGCAAAACUUGAGAACAAGAACUUGGUUUGAUGUGGUGGCCGAGCAAACU